AUGGUUUGGAUGACAUACGCGAUAGUCGCGAUAGUGAUUGUGCCGACGCCGACCAAACAGUGUGCGCACAUAAUGAAUACCAUCCGAUCGUGUUUCACCGCCACCGUCGCGUUUCUCGUUGUUGCGAUCGGCGGCAGAGUCGCGUCUUCCAUGGAUAAUAUCGUGCCGGCCAGGAAGUGCUGUGAAAUGGAUCGGAUAUACGACCCGGAAGUGCGGUUCUGCAGCAGGCCGACCGGGCAAGGCAGCAAGUUCGAGCGGAGUAGGCUGAAUGUAAAGGUGGCAGCCAAUACGGUGUUGGAUAUGUUCUAUGAUAAACGGCUACAUUGCAACGCCACGGAAGUGCUAGUCGACGUGCACGCCGUAGAGGUGCGUGGGCUGAUGGAGGCGCACACGUCGCCCAUCGAGUUGCCGCCGAACUACUGCUUCGACCUGACGCCGUCCGAUGAGCUGGUGGCCCGGACGUGCCGACCACGCGGCCAGUACUGCGGCCGGGACGAUUACACGUGCGUCAACAAGUGCUGCUACCCCGGAUUAAUAGCCGUCACCGACCCCAACACCGAUAACUUUUUGUGUAUUGAGAGCGAGAUGCCGUUCACGUUGUCCGCCUAUGAAACAGACGCGGGCGGAAGUCCGGUGGGCCGGUCGAACAACACGGUGCUACCGUACGACACACGCUUGUGUUUGUCGGUCGAAUUAUUGGACGACAGGUUCAUGUUGACCACGGACGGCAGCCUUUUCCUUCUCCACGACGGCGUCGAAUGGAUCAUCCCAGGCACGGAUUACUGCUUGGAGUAUUACAUCAAGGACGGGCCACCGGAGGCCGCCGUUCUGAGGGCGUUCCUGUGCACGAAUGCCAAACCACCGGUCAGUAUUCUCUUUUGGGUUAAAAUCCUGUCUGUCGUGUGCCUGGUGCUCACGCUGAUCGUAUACGCCACGCUGCCUUACCUCCGGAACGCCAGCGGCUACUACUUCAUAUUCUACAUGGCCUGCCAGCUCGUGUACUUCGUCUUCGAUGUGAUCUAUGAUUUGGUAGAAGACGACAUAAAAAGCCCGUGGUGCAUUCCAUACGGUUAUUUUGCUUUCUUUGCAACUAUGACAACAUGUUGCUGGUUAAAUGUAAUAUGCUUCGAUGUUUACUGGAUGUUAAGAUACAACAAUUUAAUAAACAGAAAUACAUCCAAAUCAGUACGUACCAUUAUGUACCAUAUUUACUGUUGGGGAUUUUCAAGUAUUUGCGUAUCUACUGGUUAUUUAUUUCAACAUUCGCAAAACGAAACGCUACUGGAAUUAGCACCCAAUAUUGGAAAAUUUGCAUGCUUUUUUAGAGGUGUCUAUGUCUACGGAAAUUUUAUUUUCUACUGGCUACCCACCCGUGGUAUGCUGAUUGCUAAUUUAAUAUUGUUCUUUCUAACUGCUAUUCAUUUUUCAAGAAUUAAAUCUGAACUCAAUAAAUUCAGACAAACCGAUUCAAAAAUAGAAAUGUUUCUUGUUUACAAAGAGAGAUUCGUAAUAAACAUCAAACUAUUUCUGGUUUUUGGAAUGCCAUUUUUAUUUUUUAUGGUAUCUGAGUUUUUCCAAAUUAAAGGAAUCAAAAUGGUAAUUAUAAAAGCAAUUACCAAUCUACAAGGAGUAUAUAUAUUUAUUAUAUUCGUGACCAAGUCCAAAGUUAUUAUGAACUUACGGAAAAAGUUUAGAGGUUCAAUGGAUCACAGUGAGGGGACACGAAUUAACACUAUCCCUGGGUCGUCAUAAAAGUGGCACAAAGUUAUAAUGAUUUCUGAAUGCAAUAUGAACAUACUAUUUACAUAUUAUUGUAAUAAUAUAUAUUAAGAUUUAAGACUCUAGGCUCUAAGGCAUAAAAAAAAUCAUUGUUUUUGUGUCUUUAAAUAUUACGUUAUUGUUUUUUGUGGUUAUUAUAAUAAUACAAUAAUAGUUAAUAAAAAAAAAUACGAUUUAUCAAAUUUUAUAUUAUUAUGUUAUAUUUUAGUCAAAUAAUUUAUAUUUGGUUUAAUACAUAGUAUAUAUUAUAUUUAUUUAAAAAAUGGAUAAAUCCUAUCUAAUAAUUUAACAAAAUAAUGUUAAAUUGUUUAAUUGAUCUUUUUCUUGAGUUUUAAUGUUCACUUUUAUUCUUUUCCAAUAAACUACAAAAAGUAUGUUUUAAAGAAAAUAUAAAUAACAAGUUUUGUUAAAUUCCAUAGUUAAAUAUUAUGUAGGUGUACAGUGUACACAGAUUUAUACCAUAAAAAUUUAAUCUAAUCAAUAUUCAU